AUGAGCUCGGACGCAGAACCCUGUGCGGGACAAAGUCAAAGUUCAGACGGAUAUACGAGUCGCAGGAGGACGGGAUCUUUCGCUAAGAUGCAGGGUCUGAGUUCCCGGGCUCACGCGUUUUCGGUGGAAGCGCUAGUCGGGAAACCAUGUAAGAGGAUGAAAGUGUCGGAGGGACACGAGUCAAGUUCAGCUGCAGACACCGGCAGCGAUACGAGCAUCUUCACCGGCCUGAACGAACAUCCAGUCAGCCAGAUGAAGAAAGCAGGUUCAACACCUCGGAUUACGGAGGACACCUCCCGUGACCCGGAGAGACAGAGUGUCAGGGCGAGCGCUGAGGAGGCUGACCCCAGCGGGGAGGAGAGCAAGCCGAAGGAGAGCGACUGCCGCCCGGAUAGAGAGGUCCGUGUAGAGCUGCAGGGCUCCGAGCUGUGGAAGAGAUUCUAUGAGAUCGGCACCGAGAUGAUCAUCACUAAAGCUGGCAGGAGAAUGUUUCCCUCCGUGCGCGUCAAAGUGCGCAACCUGGACCCGUGCCAGCAGUAUUACAUCGCAAUGGACGUCAUGCCCGUGGACUCAAAACGCUACAGGUACGUGUACCACAGCUCGCAGUGGAUGGUGGCUGGAAACACGGACCACUCCUGCAUCUCUCCCCGGCUCUACGUGCACCCGGACUCGCCGAGCGCAGGAGAGACGUGGAUGCGUCAGGUGAUCAGCUUUGAUCGGGUCAAGCUCACCAACAACGAGAUGGACGAUAAGGGACAUAUUAUCCUCCAGUCGAUGCAUAAAUACAAGCCUCGUGUGCACAUCAUCCGGCACGACCCUCGGAUGGACUUGUCACAGAUCCAGUCUCUGCCUGCUGAAGGAGUGCACAGCUUCUCCUUCUCAGAAACCGAGUUCACCACAGUCACAGCCUAUCAGAACCAGCAGAUCACAAAACUAAAGAUCGACAGGAACCCGUUCGCCAAGGGCUUCAGAGAUCCAGGAAGAAAUAGGGGGGUGUUGGAUGGCUUGUUGGAGUCAUAUCCCUGGAGAGGCCCUCUCAGCUUAGACUUCAAGCCUUUCACCAUACAGCUCCAAGGGGGCUCGGGGUCUCCGACCAGCAGCGUGAAGAGUCUGCUCCCUCUCUCCUCAUCUUCAUCCCUCCACCCGUUCUCCAUCUCCUCCUGCCCGGACGCCGCUCUCCAGACCCUUGCGCUCCCUCUCUACGGCAAGGCCUCCAGCCCCUCGCCCAGCUCCCCGCUGCCCAGCAGAGCCUUCUCUUCCCUGGGAGCAGACAGACUGGGAAGCCUGCCCCCGCUGAUGGACCUUCCGCUCCUCUCAGCGCUACAGGCAAAGAAACCUCCCCACUGUAGGGACCCAUGCCUUCACGGGUCUCCGGGGAGCUCCCCCUGCCUCUUCCCCUUCCACAGCCCCCUCAGCCCUCAGGGGCCCUCACUCCUCCCUCAUCUCUCUGACACUGCGGGCCCCUACUGUCUCUACCGCUACAGCUUCCCCCUGAACCCCCAACUCGCAGCUAUUUCCCGGCACGCCAAACUAGCCGAAGACACCACAGACUGUCUGCUGCGCCAGGCUCCGUGGCACCCGACCACCAACCACUGCCUCUGAC